AUGCCUAAGAAUCCUCAAUCUGACUCUCACACUGGUAACCAGGGCUUUGCCUCUAUGGAUCCUGAUAAACAACGUGAAAUUGCUGCCAAGGGCGGUAGAUCAAGCCAUAGUGGUGGUUUCGCCUCCAUGGAUCCUCAAAAACAACGUGAGAUUGCUUCAAAGGGUGGUCAAGCUUCUUCUGGCUCCUUUGAAAAGGGCAGCGAACGUGCUCGUCAAGCUGGCCGUAAAGGUGGUAGCCGUUCAGGCCGCACUCAAUCCAAUGAAGAUGUUGAACAGGACUAUGACGAAGCUGAAGAUGAUGCCGCAUAUGAAUAA